AGAGUUUGCGAGUCGCGGAGCGACAGUGUACGCGACAGCUCGGCGACUCGAUGCGAUGGGCGGGCUGUCAGAGCUGGGCGUUCGACUGCUCCCGCUAGACGUCACUUGCAUUGAAUCCGUGAAGGAAGCGAUCGCGCGUGUGAUGUCGGAGUGUGACUGUAUCGAUGUGCUGGUGAACAAUGCGGGAUUCGGCGCUCCGUCUCCAGUUGCUGAAAUUCCCCUCGAUAGAUUGCGAUUAGUUUACGAAACAAAUGUUUUUGGCGCUGUAGCGCUUUCGCAAGCAGUGUUUCCGCACAUGGCGAAACACGGUAGUGGAACCAUCAUCAACAUGUCAUCUGUCAGCAGCUACACUCACCG